AUGGCUUACAUAAUUCGUUUUCGUCAUGUUACGCCACGCCAACGCGCAACUCAAAUUAGUGUCUUGCCUGGUCUUGAAAGUGCAAAAGCGUGGCUUCGCUGCGUCUGCACUGAAGGUGGACAAUCCGUACACAGGCGAGCCGUUAAGGCGCAGGUGGACUGGAAGAACGUCUCACUUAGCGAGCGUCAGGCAUUGUGCACUAAGUGGAUUGACGCGCUGAAAAACAACGCUGAACCCAUCGCGCACGAUAUUUCUGGCAUGAUGGGUAAACCUGUGCAGCAAGCACUCAACGAAAUUAAUGGCACUAUCGAUCGUGCCAAGGCACUUAUAUACUUGUCGAAUGAGGCGCUUUGCACGGACUCCUUUCCAGAAAAAGAUGGUCUAUUCCGUCAGAUCACACAUGAACCUGUUGGCGUCGUAUACGUCAUUGCGCCGUGGAACUAUCCGCUCAUGACAGCGGUCAACUCUAUCAUUCCUGCUGUUCUUGCGGGAAAUACGGUGCUGCUGAAGCAUUCUCCGCGUACCCCUCUCUGCGGAGAGCACUAUCAAAAGACAUUCGAGCAAGCAGGUUUUCCUCAAAACGUGCUCCAGUCGUCGCUCGUUGAGCAUGACAUUGCUUCGGAAAUCAUCCAGCGCUCGGAAACUGCAUUUGUAUCAUUUACGGGGUCUGUCCAAGGUGGACGUCAAGUUCAGCAGGCGGCAGCCCAGCGAUCAAUUGAUGUGACGUUAGAAUUGGGCGGAAAUGAUGCUGGGUAUGUUACUGCCGAUGCUGAUGCUGAGGCCGCAGCAGAGGGGCUAGUAGAUGGUGUUUGCUACAAUGCUGGUCAGUCAUGCUGCGGUGUGGAACGAAUUUAUGUCCACGAGUCCAAGUACGAUCGAUUCUUGGAAAAAGCCAAAAGUCUUAUCGAGGCGUAUAUCCUGGGCGACCCGACAGACGCAAAGACCACGAUGGGUCCAAUGGCGCUUCCCACUGCUCCGAAGAUGCUUGAUGCUCAUGUAAAAGAUGCUGUGGCUAAGGGCGCUCUUCAACUAACAGGUAGUGGAAUGGACACAGACGCGUCUGGUAAAGGCCGCUUUUAUACUCCUACUUUGCUGGCAAACUGUAAUGGCUCCAUGGACAUCAUGAUGGAAGAAUCUUUUGGACCAAUUGUCGGUGUGGAGCGCGUCGUGUCGGACGCUGAAGCUGUUGAAAAAAUUAAUCACAGCAAGUAUGGACUAACGGCUUCGGUCUUCACGUCGAAUCGGGAGCACGCGAUGGAUUUGGGCUCAAAGAUAAGCGCUGGUACAGUGUACAUGAAUCGGUGCGAUGUGUUGGAUCCGUUUCUACCGUGGACUGGGAAUCGCGAUUCUGGCAAAGGUAUCAGUCUUUCCAAACACGGAUUUCGUGGCGUCACAAAACUGAAAUCGUGGAACUUCCGCAUUUGA